AUGGAUUUAGUUACAAAGAUUUUAUGCAAAUUCCUUGGCGCACGUUAUCCGUUCAUUAUCGCGGACGAAGAAAUCAGUAUUAACUUGAACUGGAAUAAAAAGGAUCCUAUGCCUAGGUAUGAAGAUCCAACAAAUUAUCAUGGUACUAGAUGUGCUGGAGAAAUUGCUAUGGCUGCAAAUAAUACAAAGUGUGGUGUAGGCGUUGCUUAUAAUGCGAAAGUAGGAGGUAUCGUAUUGCUCGAUGGCAAAACAAACGACGAAAUGGAAGCUAGAGCUUUAAUUAACGCUAAUUCGUUGGUGGAUAUAUACAGUGGAUCAUGGGGGCCUAUCGACAACGGACUAAUGGUCGACGGGCCCGGAGUAAUGGCGCAAAUUGCAUUUGAAAUCGGUGCAACCAAGGGUCGCAACGGCAAAGGUUCAAUAUACGUAUUCGCCUCGGGAAAUGGUCGUAUGCAAUUUGACAAUUGUGCAUCGGAUGGCUAUGUGGGAAACAUUCACACUUUGGCUAUUAGCAGUGUCACUAUGGACGGCAGAGCUCCCGAGUACGCCGAGAGAUGUGCCGCCGUCAUAGCUACAGCUUAUUCCGGCAGUCUGGAUAAUGGUAUUAAAAUUGUUACGUCUGAUAUCAAUAAUACAUGCACGCUUUCACAUACUGGCACAUCAGCCGCAGCUCCGUUAGCAGCAGGAGUUAUAGCUUUAGCUCUCGAAGCCAAUGGAAAUUUGACUUGGAGAGACGUGCAACAUUUAUUGGUAAGGAACUGCGAAGUUGCGCCUCUGUUGAAAAAUUCUGGUUGGUCCACUAACGCAGCAGGAUUCGAUUUUAAUCCCCAGUUUGGUUUUGGAUUAUUAAACGCCUAUAAGUUAGUGAAAGAAGCUAUUGGCUGGAGCACUGUACCAAAGAAAAUUAUUUGUGCUGCAAAUUUCCGAAUCCCUGAAAAUUGUAAACAUUUUGGUCGAGCCUCAAAAUUUGUGUCCACGGUAUUAACGAAUGGCUGCAACGGAUACAUAAGAUAUUUAGAGCACGUACAACUAUGUGUGACCAUUCAGUACCCCAAACGUGGUAUGGUCGAAAUAGAUCUAAUAUCACCAAAAAACACCACGUGUAAAAUGAUGGAGCCACGACCCUUAGAUGAGUCAAACAAUGGAUUUUUUGAAUGGAAAAUAAAAUCUUUACAAUUUUGGGGUGAAACCCCGUCUGGGGAGUGGACGGUUAUUGUCAAAGAUGAAACUUCUAAUUUAUUUGCCGGACUAACUGGAUCAGUAGAAAAACUUAGAUUGAUAAUGCAUGGAACUAAAAAAAAUCCUUACAAUUAACAAAUUUGGAUAAUUUUAAAUAGUUUCAAAUAAUUAUGAAUAUUA